ACAUUGUUUCCUGGGAAGACAUUCAUGUUCAUUCGAGAAGACCUUGAUGUUACUCACAACUUGAAGAAUAUUUGCUUUUGACUGACUCACUCAACUGACUCUUACAAAAUACUUUAGAUCUAUAACCUUAUUUGGUGAGUUGAGGUACUCUUUCCCGAUCUCCUCAGCCAUGGCGUUAGAAGACUUCUGCAGCUUCAGGAACAACCCACACCUUUGGACUCCUGCAUCUCUCCUUCCGCCUCUACAAAACCCAGCCUCCUCCACCCCAGGCAUCCCCAAACACCACCACUCUGGACGGAGAAGAUCGGAGUUGAGUAACAAGGACGACGGACCGCCGCUCCACCUCAGCCUCCCUCCCGCCUCCGCCGCCCGCUGCCUGGUGCCCACGGUCCGGCGGCCCUUCCCCCUGACCCACGGCACCACCACCCUGGGCUUUGUCUUCCAGGGCGGGGUGAUUGCGGCGGCCGACACCCGGGCCAGCGCCGGGGGUCUCGUGGCGUGCCCCGAGGUCCACAAGAUCAUCCCCGUCCACUCCCACCUGGUGGUCACGUCGUCCGGCAGCGGCGCCGACUGCGUGCUGUGGGCGCGGGCGCUGGAACGCGAGAUCCGGCUGUACCGGCUACGCCACGGCCGCGUUCUGUCGGUGCGUGGCACCGCCAAGCUGCUGGCGUUCAUGCUGCAUCCGUUCAAAGGGACGGAUGUGUGUGUGGCCCUCACCCUGUGUGGGUGGGACCAGGGACCAAAUGGAGGUCCCCGUGAUGGAAGUCCUGUCUCUGAACAGUCUGGCCUCUCCUCCUCUUCUUCCUCCUCCUCCUCCUCUUCCUCGCCCUACUCCACCUCCUCCACCUCCUCCACAGCUAGAGAAGGCCCAAAGGUGAUCUACGUGUGCAGCGAUGGCGCCCGCCUGCAAGGGGAGCUGUUCUCCGUGGGGUCGGGCUCCCCGUACGCCUACGGGAUCCUGGAUGGAGGCCUGAGGUGGACCCUGAGCCGAGAGGAGGCCUUCUCAUUGGCCAGGGAGGCCGUCUUCCGAGCCACUCACAGGGACGCGUACUCUGGGAAUAACGUGGACCUCGUUUACAUCACGGAAAAGGGUUGGAGUCGCAGAGACAGAGAGGACCUGAAAGAGGAAUAUUACACACGAAAGGAGGAGAUAGGGAAGAUAGUGGAGGAAAGAUGUAGAAAGACUGACUGAGUUUUUAUUUUAUGAACCCUGUUGUUAUUUGGUAGUUAUUAAUAAAUUGUGUGUUGUUAAUGUGUUGCAGCAAGCUUUUCUUUUUGGUAUUUCUUUUUAUAUAUGUCUUUAUUUAUUUUCGUAGGGGAAUAUAUAUCAGCACUAAACCAUAUAUUUAUAGACUGUAUAGAAUGCAUUCAACACUAUUUUAAU